AUGAAAUUGUCCAUCUUCCUCAUUGCAUUGAUGACCUCGGUCUCAUCCGCGGCAACCACUCAGGAUCCCGGCCCAUCUCCUACUGCUUCUGUCGGCUGUGAGCCACACGGAGACCACUGGCACUGUGACGGCCCAGCCUCAACAGAUGUCUCCUCAGUUACAUCGACAAGCGAGGCCGAAGUGAGCACCACUGCUUCUCCCACUAUGCCUAGCCCUACCGAGUCCAUUGGCUGUGAGCCGCACGGUGACCACUGGCACUGUGACGGACCCGCCGAGACCGGUACUGAGGCCGAAGCGAGCACCACCUCUGCCACUGCUUCUCCCACUAUGCCCAGUCCUACUGAGUCUGUUGGCUGUGAGCCUCACGGCGACCACUGGCACUGCGAUGGACCGGCUGAGACUGGCAGUGCCUCCGCGAGUGCUUCCGCGAGUGCCUCUACCAGCUCUGGAGAUGAGGAAGGCGCUGCUGGCUCAAUUGGUGUGCAGCUUUCCCUGCUUGCUGGUUUGUCCCUUGUCGCUGCUGGUCUGAACCUUUGA